GUCAUCACUCAUACAGUCAUACAUUGGCAUUAACGGAUUAACCCAUUGAAUUUACACAGAUACGGAGUAACUUUAGCACUUUAGCUCAUUAGCAAGUCGAAAAGCUGAAACUCCACCUGUGGAUAAUCAAACAGUGUGUAUAAAAGGGUGGGAAACCAGUUGUUGCAGGCUUUCAAAUUUGUGAUUUAGGGUUCAAAGUUCAAACCAUGUGGAAGCAAAACAGGGAAUACAUUGCAAAUUUGUUGGAAUUUUGUAUAAAGAGUAAAUCCCACAAAGAUGGGAAGCUUCUACAUGCUCGAAUUAUUCGCACCGGACUCUGUUCUCAGACCUUCCUAUCGAACCGUCUAAUUGAUUUCUACUCCAAAUGUGAUAAUCCCAAGUAUGGUCUCCAUGUGUUCGACGUAAUGCCUGAAAGAGAUGUUUUUUCAUGGAAUUCUGUGUUAAGUACGUUGUGUGCAGUUAACCGAUUGCAAGAUGCAUGUCUGGUGUUCGAUGAAAUGCCUCAGAGAAAUGUUGUCUCUUGGAACAAUUUGAUUAGCGCCUUUGCUAAAAAUGGGGAUCAUGGUAAAGCCUUGGAAAUGUAUGGAUCAAUGAUUUCUGAAGGUCUAGUGCCUACCCAUUUCACUUUGGCAAGCAUUUUUAGUGCAUGUGGUGUCUUGUUAGAGAUUGAUUUUGGUAGGUUGUGUCAUUGUCUCGCUAUCAAAGUUGGUGCUGACCAAAAUAUUUUCGUGGGUAAUGCCUUACUCUCUAUGUAUGCUAAGUGUAAAUGUAUAGGUGAUGCAAUUCACGCUUUUGAAGAAAUGGCAGCACCUAAUGAAGUGUCUUUUACGGCAUUAAUGGGUGGCCUAAAAGAGACUCGGAGAGUUGAAGAGGCAUUAGAAGUGUUUAAGUUAAUGCACAAGACCAAAGCUUGCAUAGAUGCUGUGUCAUUGUCCAGCAUUCUUGGUGUCUGUACUAGACGAGAGGGUGAUGAUGGCUUGCAGCGUAAGAUGCAUGGGAAAUCUGUACACAGUGUUUCUAUCAAGCUCGGAUUUCACAAUGAUUUUCAUUUGGUCAAUUCACUACUUGACAUGUAUGCUAAGAAUGGAGAUAUGGACAGUGCUGAAAUUAUUUUUCAAAAUAUGUCCAAACCAAGUGUUGUUUCGUGGAAUAUCAUGAUUGCCGGAUAUGGUGAAAUUUACAAGUGUGAAAAAGCUAUGGAGUUAAUGGGGAGAAUGGUGUUUUCUGGAUGCCAACCAGAUGAGGUUACUUUUAUAAAUAUGAUUGCAGCAAGUGUAAAAUCAGGGAAUGUCAAAGUUGGGCGUCAAGUAUUUGACAAACUGGUGAGCCCAAGCUUGAUCUCAUGGAAUGCUAUGCUUUCUGGGUAUUCACAGGUUGAGAAGCAUGAUGAGGCAAUAAUGCUUUUUAGGGAGAUUCAGUUUAGGAAUGUAAAACCUGACAGCACAACUCUGGCUAUUGUUCUUGCCUCUUGUGCAGAGAUGGCACUUCUGGAAUGUGGAAAACAAGUCCAUGCUGUCACACUAAAGGCAAAUUUAAACAGUGAUGUGUAUGUUGGCAGUUGUCUUAUUACCUUGUAUUCUAGGAGUGGUGAAGUGGACAUUGCCAAGUCUAUUUUUCAUGGUCUGCCUGAAGUGGAUAUUGUAUGCUGGAAUUCAGUUAUAGCUGGAUUUUCUCAUAAUUCUCGUGAAAAGGAGGCUUUUAAUUUCUUUAAUAUCAUGAGAAGAAGAAAUAUGUGCCCUACCCAGUUCUCCUAUGCUACUAUCUUGAGUUGCUGUGCCAAACAAUCCUUUGCAUUUCAAGGUAGACAAGUCCAUGCUCAGAUAUUGAAGGAUGGAUUCAUAAAUGACAUAUUUGUAGGAAGUGCUCUUAUAGAUAUGUAUUGUAAGUGCGGUAAUGUAGAGGGGGGCCAGGAAAUUUUUGAUGCAAUGCCUAUGAAAAAUACUGUUAUUUGGAAUGAGAUGAUACAUGGGUAUGCACAAAGUGGUUUUGGAGGUAAAGCUGUACAUCUCUAUGACUGCAUGAUAAGAGAAGGCAGAAAACCUGAUAAUAUAACCUUUAUAGCCGUUUUAACAGCUUGCAGCCAUUCUGGAUUGGUUAGUGAAGGGAUCAGAAUAUUUGAGUCAAUGCAAAUAGAUUAUAAAGUCGAACCACUUUUGGAUCAUUACACCUGUAUUAUUGAUACGUUGGGUAGAGCUGGGAGAUUGAAUGAAGCAGAAAUGCUGAUAAGAAGGAUGCCAUGUAAAGAUGAUCCUGUUAUAUGGGAGGUUCUGCUUAGCUCGUGUAGAAUCUACUCUAACAUUCUUGUAGCAAAAAGAGCCGCUGAAGAACUUUUGUCCCUAAACCCUAGAAGUUCUACUCCUUAUGUUCUUCUAGCAAAUGUCUAUUCUUCAAUGGGAAAGUGGGAAGAAGUAAGGAAAGUUAGAGAGAUCAUGCAUGAUAACAAGGUGGGUAAGGAUGCAGGCUAUAGCUGGACAGAAAGAAACAAUGAGUUAGAAGGAAGUCAGUCAUAUUGUCAUGACUGGGAGGUCUCAAAUUGUUUAGGUUGAUACUUCUGUGUCUUUCCACCGAAACCUGUGUGGUUUGAUAGCAUUUUUCUCCAGCAUUUUCUCCUCCUAGAAGUGCAGAAGAGUUCCAACACUUCUUCACCCUGUUUUGGAUCAUCUCCUCACAGAAGUUCAUUUGAUUUGACAAAGAAGACAUGAAAGACUGAAUGAUAUAGAGAGUUGAUAACUCAGGCACAAGACAAACAAAAAAUAGCAAUUUUCCUGAAUUAAUUUGACUACCUGAGAUUGCAGUUUCUUCAUUGCAAAAGCAGCAAAGAUUUACUCGCGGUUAUUGUGCUGUGCCAUUAUUUUCAAUUGGAGUACUGUUUGCAGCAUAAUGAAUUGAAACUUGGAAAAUCUUCCAUUUUCACCAUUCUCUAGGGAUACACAAAGUGGCAGCAGAAUUUUUAGAAUGUUGGUAUCAAUUACCAGUUAGUUGGUGCAGGGUUGGAAAAACCUUCUUACCGGUGAGGCUGGGAUUUAUGGUAAAGUUGUUCCAAAUGAUUUCAUUGAUGGCGA